GAGACAGUCAGAUGGGCGGGGGGCCAAUGCGCAUGUAGGCAGGGCGCUCGGGCGGCCGUUGACCUGUCUGUUUCGCUGUCAGUGUUUUGUCAAAAGUGAGCCACCCCCGCCCCCCUGGAAACUGAAACCCCUAUUUCGGGAGUGAGGAAGCACAUCUGUGGUCUUGACCGCCAUGACGACGGCAUUCGUUUCGGAGACGGGGUCCCGAGUCUUUUGACUCUGUCUCUGUUUGGUACGGCGGCAGGCGAACGGCAGACCAGGCCCGACCUGAAUACUGGAUGAGGUGCCCUGCGCCAACAGCAGAAAGCAGCUUAGCGGAUGGGGCCCCAACGUCGGGUCCCAAGCGGGCAGGCGGCCCCCAGGGGCAGGCGGAAUCUCAGGGGCCCCGGCCCUCUGCAACGGAACCCCAAUUAAACGAUCUCCAUCACGGGCGGGCUCCGGCCUCCUUCCCCUUCCUGCCUGCCUGCCUGCCUUGACUCUGUAGACUCAACUGUGUACCCUUUCCCCUUCGGAUCAACCCUUUUUGCCACGACUCAGCUGCGUUAUCCAUCUCCUAUAACGCUACCUUACUUUCCAAGUUUGUACACAUCAUUGUCGUCUCUUCAUUGUCUCCUGCCUCAGCUUCAUAAUACCCAACCCCAACCCCCCCGCUUCAGCCUACCUACCUACCUACGACCUCUACAACACCACAACCGCCAACAUGGAGCUUGAACCCAAGUACGACGACUAUGACUACCCUACCACCGCGCCCGACGCGCAGGAGGGCCACCCCGGCCAUCUGACUCCCCAGCAGCAGGCCCAGGUCACUCAGCUUCGUCUGAUGCUGGAGUCUGAGGGCUACACCAAGCGCCUCGACACCCUUACACUGCUGCGCUUCCUCCGCGCCCGCAAGUUCGAUGUCAACCUCGCCAAGCAAAUGUUCGUCGAGUGCGAGAAGUGGAGGGCAGAGACCAAGCUUGACGAGACCAUCCCUGAGUGGGAGUACCCCGAGAAGGAGGAGGUUUCCAAGUACUACCCUCAAUACUACCACAAGACCGAUAAGGAUGGCCGCCCCGUUUACAUCGAGCAGCUUGGCAAGAUCGAUCUGAAUGCCAUGUACAAGAUCACAACAGCCGAGCGCAUGCUCACCAACCUCGCUGUCGAGUACGAGCGUCUUGCCGACCCCCGCCUGCCCGCCUGCUCCCGCAAGGCCGGUGUCCUCCUCGAGACGUGCUGCACCAUCAUGGACCUGAAGGGUGUCGGCCUCACCAAGGCCCCCCAGGUCUUCGGCUACGUCAAGCAGGCCUCCACCCUCUCGCAGAACUACUACCCCGAGCGCCUCGGCAAGCUCUACCUCAUCAACGCGCCCUGGGGCUUCAGCACCGUCUGGAACGUCAUCAAGGCUUGGCUCGACCCCGUCACCGUCUCCAAGAUCCACGUCCUCGGCAGCGGUUACAGCAAGGAGCUCCUCGGGCAGGUGCCCCCUGAGAACCUCCCCAAGGAGUUUGGCGGUACCUGCCAGUGCGCCGGUGGCUGCCACAUGAGCGACAUGGGUCCUUGGCGCGAGGAGCAGUGGGCUCGUCCCGCCAAGUGGGAGAAGAAGGCUGAUGCCCCCGCCGCCGCCCCCGCCGCCGCUCCUGCCGCGACCGAAGCUGCCCCUGCUCCUGCCGCCGAGCCUGCCGUCGCUGCUACUGAGGCUACCGCCCCUGCUCCCGCUGCCGCAUAAGAGAUGCAAUGGGGAUGUUUGACGACGGCUUCCAGUCAGAAAGACGGCAGUUCGAAGGGCAAAGCAUCACCGAGUCCCCCCAGAAUAUGGCGUCAUUUUUGCCUGUGAGGGGAAGGCUGUUAACGCGGUUUUGCUUUACAUGAAGUAUCAUGGGUCUAUAUACGCUAUGAAAGAGUAUUCAGUUGUAAUGAAGUCAUCAUUCGGCCAGACUAGCUUAGUGGCCGUAAUGGGGUAGGAGUUGGUUGUGUUUGCAGGGUAUUUUCAAGUGCGAGAUCGGAAACGUGAAUCUGGUUUCAACUUAGCACUGGUGAUUUUACAUUAGCGUAUGUAGAGUCCUCGCGUCUUUGUCGGAGGUGGUCUCUUUGGUAUACACACGGAUAUACAAUAGAUCACUUGUUUCUGGCGGCCUGUAAUUUAUCUGCCUGGUAUUUGAGUGGUGAAGACAUCAAGAAAUCUGGCACAUUUCAGUUCCCAAAAGUAACCACAUAUUUGCUUUGAUACCCCGUCCAUAGACAUGGCUAUGCCAAUACGCCCCUAACUCCAAAAACUAAUCGCUUAAAGCC